AUGGUUGCUUCCAAGGUCCUUGAUGAUUUGCAUUACAACAAUUCAUUCUUUGCGAGAGUUGGAGAGGUGAGCAAUGCAGAGCUGAACAGAAUGGAGCUGGAAUUACUGGCACUGUUGGACUUUGGGGUGAUGGUGAACUACUGGCCAGUUGGUGAACUCGGCAGUGCUACUGUGCGGAGGGAUAUGCUUAAUUUCAGCCCAGAUGAGAAAGAGAAACAGCCUGAGGUGAUGCCUGCUUUGCAGCAGACGGCGGGGUCGGUUGAGCGUGGCUCCCACCCUGGGGCCGGUUCGGUGGUUGCUCAGCAGAAGGUGGUGACCUGGGAGAUAAUUAAGGACGGUGAUCCUGGCAUGCAGGAUAUGCGCUCGUCUAGCACGAGCGGUGCUGUCUCACAGAAGGUGAAGGCGAUGAUUCAGGCGUCGGUUGAGCGUGGCUCCCACGUCAUCGGAGGUUCGGAUGUUCUCAUCUCGAACAGGAACUUGGUGGUUGAGCCACGCUUCCACAUAGCCGGAGAGACGGCACCUGCUGCUGAUGUGGUGCAUGACCCGGUGGACCAAAGGGUGGCUCGGGGUAGAACCAGGUGGUCGCUUGGCGGCUAG